UUAUCAAAACCAAUGAAAUUCUAUAGCUUUUGGUAUGCUUUGUUAAAGUUGCCAAAGUUGAAAUUUAAAUUUACCGGAAAUUGAGCACGUUUUACAGCACUGUCAAACAGUGUGGUAGUGCAGUGCACAGAAUUAAUACCAACUAAAAUACCAAAUCGCAGCAAGCGCAAGUAAAAUAUAAACAACAACAAACAUAAACUGCAUUUGACAUUGAAAAAGGCGAAAAUUGGAAAAUAAUUGGGUAAUUGAAUACCUGAAGGUGUGGAAAAUCAAUUCGCACGCUAUGGAGCAGCGAGCUAAUUUUCUAGCUCUAACGCUGCUCGACGCCCUGGAGGAUGAGAACGAAACGGAUAUAUUUUCAAUGCUGGAUCGAAACAUCAUCAAUGCAGGCGUUGUGCCCUGCGAGCGAGGAUUAGCUCCGUUGCACUAUGUGUGUGGCAUGCAGAACGAGGAGCUGGCUUUGCGUAUACUCGAACGGUUUCUCGCCAGCGAUCAGAUGGAUGUGAAUGUGCGCUGUGAUGGAAAUAUGACUGCAUUGCAUAUCGCUGCGAUCUAUGGGCGCACGGAGCUAGUGCGCCUGCUACUGAAGCAUGGAGCACGGCCAGAUAUUGCGGAUGAUGAGCAUAAGCUGGCCGUGCACUAUGCCAUCGAGGAGUGUCACUUCGAGGUGUUGCAAUUGAUGCGCGACCACAUUUACAGGGAGAAGCAGCAACAGAAACAGAAGUUACUGACGCCCAAGUCGACGCUGAAGUAUAAUCACGAUGUCACCUCGCCCUACUACAUCAAUAUAACGCACCGACGUGGCAAGCCACAGCCACAGUUUCCAGACGAGCCGGAGCAAUCGGUCAACCUGUUUUCUCUAACUCGAGAUCAUUUAGCAGAGCUAACGCACAAUCAGGAUGCUUCGACAUGUGGCCGUCGAACUUUGAUCGAGAGCUGGCGGGAUAAAGUGGAACGAUCGCGUGCACGCAAAUCCCUGCUGCAGGAACAACAAGUGGAAAUGCUGGUCGAUCAGGCUAUAGCCCAAGAGGACUUUAGCUACGAACAGCAUGUGCAGCAGACGUUGAGGCAAGCGGAGCAAGCGCCGUCAGAGCAAUCCAGUUCCCCGGCAGUUGCUAGUCGAGCUGCCUUUGGUCAGCUGGUGGAGCAGGUAGCGCAAGCUUGUGUGCUGGAGCAGAGCUUCCACACAGCCCCAGAGGAGGAGCCAGAGGAUCAGCAAAGGAAGCAGCAGCCCCAGGACAAAACAUAUUAUCUCCAAAUGACCGAAGCCUAUGUGCAUACAGACGAUGAGAAUGGCCUUGUCUUCUAUGAGACGAAGCUGCUCCAGAAUGAUGCAUCCAAGAAACAGCUCACGAAGCGCAAGCAGAACCAUUUGGAGCCACCACCUACUUCUGUGCAGCUUGACAGCAGCGUGAGCACAAAUCUUACCCUGCCGCUGGACUAUGAGACGGACGCACUGCGUGCAGAGCUGACGCAGCUGGGCGCUCCAGUUGGACCCAUUACACACACAACGAAAAGGCUUUACAUCAAACAGUUGAUCAAAUACAAGAGGAAUACAGCGGCUCUGCUGGCGGCACAGAAGCAUGCGAAGGCGGCACAGUUCAAAUACUCCGUGGAGCUGCAUCAUACGUUGCGUUCGCAGUCGGAUUACGAGCAGAUCGAGCGGUUUAUGGUGCAUGAGAACGCGUCUGCCCAGCACUUUGCCACAGCUGGAGGGAGUGGAAAGCAGCUGCGCGAGGGGCAUCUGAAGCAAAGUUUCAUUUAUAUGUUAAUAGAUCCGCGCAUCUCGAGGAAUCUGCCUGGGGAACGCGCUUUCGUUGAUCCACUUAGCAUUUGGUCUCGCUUCCUGGAUGCCAUUUUCUAUGUGGGCAAAGGCAAGUGCUCCCGGCCCUACGCCCAUCUCUAUGAUGCAAUGCGUCAGCACACGCGCUUGCACCAACAGCAGCCAGCGAAUGGGAAAAAGCGUGCGACUGGACGUUGUCUACUAAUGCCGGAGCUGUUUAAGUCUCCGCCACCAGCCAAUGGGAAAGCUGGCAGCAAGAAGCUGCAGCGCAUCCUGGACAUUUGGCAACAUGGCAGUGGAGUCGUCUGUCUGCAUGUCUUUCACAAUAUAAUGCCCACAGAUGCGUACACGAGAGAGGCAUCCAUUAUAGAUGCUCUCGGGCUGACCCACUUGACGAAUUUGAAGCGUGGAGACUAUUAUGGACCGGCUCAGAUCUGGACUAUGAAGCAGAAGAAGCAGCUGGGCAUUGCUUUACUUUACAAGGCGUUGCACAUAUAUUUGGCAGAGGGCGAAUCUCAAUUGUCGCCAAGUGAUUUGAUUUAGACAGCUGUAGUUAUCCCUAUUAGCAAUAAGUACCAAGUACAAAGUUAAAAGCGCGCCAAAGCAAUUAUUAGCUGGAUC